AUGUCAGCUUCAUCAUCCAGAGCUCACAAACUAACUAUGCUUGGAUACCCAGGGACAGAGUAUGAAUUCAGAAUCAUGGAACAGAUUGGUGGUGGUGCUCAUGCCAAAACCCACAGGGCUAUCCGGGAAAUAAACUCGGAUCACUUCGCCAUCAAAGUCAUUUCUCUUGACCACUAUUCUGAAGCCGACUCUGAUGCUGUCAGACGUGAAACCCGUGCCAUGAUACUUCUUUCACACCCGAAUCUUCUUGCCUCUCAUUGUUCUUUUGAUGUCGAUGAUCACAAUCUUUGGCUGGUUAUGCCUUACAUGGCUGCUGGCUCUCUCCAAUCCAUGGUCUCUUAUGCUUUCUCCGAUGGCCUGCCAGAGAACUGCAUUGCUGUGGUCUUAAAAGAAACCCUAAAGGGGUUGUCUUAUCUUCAUCGUCAAUGCCAUUUACACACAGAUAUCAAGGCAGGAGACAUUCUUUUAGAUCACAAAGAUAAUGAACUGCGCAGCAUAAAACUUGAAGGCUCCGUUAUGUCGGUCACGAUUUACAACUCCAGCUUUGAGAAAUCCUCCUCAUUGUCUUCCUCAACAAGAAAGAGGUUAACUGAUGUUGCAGGAACCCCAUAUUGGAUGGCGCCGGAGGUUGUACAGGACUCUGAUACAGGCUAUAGUUUCAAGUCUGAUAUAUGGUCUUUUGGUAUUACUGCAUUGGAGCUGGCCCAUGGCGGGCGUCCUCCUUUCUCCCACCUUCCUCUUUCAGACUCUUUGAAGUUGAAGAUGAAGAAGAGGUUUGGGUUCUAUGACCAUGAUUACGAUUACGAUUAUGAUGAGAAGCGCAAUGAGAAGCUCGUGAAAAUAUUCAAGAGCAACCCAUUUUCUCAAGAGUUCAAAGAUAUGGUUGCUUCUUGUCUCGAUCAAGACCCUUCAAGGAGGCCUUCUGCUGAUCAGCUGUUAGAGUAUCCUUUCUUCAAGAACUGCCACGGGGUCAAAUUUCAUUCCGACGUGUUCUUCUUUACGUUGCCUAAUGUUGAAGAAAGAUUCAAAGAACGCAAGGCUUUGCAUGAUGGGACACCAAGCCAGAUUGGUGCUGGUACCGAAACUGACUCGGCGGGUUCAGCUGUGAAGAACAGAAGGAUCAGUGGCUGGAAAUUUAAUGAGAGUAAACUCGAGCUGGAGCCAGGAUUUUACGCCGACGCAGAUGUGAAAACAGUUCGUUUUGGAGGUGAAACCAUCAUUGAUACGGACACCAACAUUGGGUUAAGUGAGUCGCCAGGCGGGUCAGGUGACUUGGAGGGAUUAGUAAUAGACCAUGCUGGUGCAAACAUGAGUGGAAUAGAAGGAGCUGUUGAGACCUCUAAUCCAGAUACAAUAGAGUUAAAGGAUUUAGUGGAAAUAAAGGGGCACGCAGAAGGUAUCAUUGUUCGGUCACGAAGGGGGGCUGAUGUGUCACAGAUGGUACAAAAAAUAGAGAACCUGAUGGAGGAGUUGAUCCUUGAGAAGGAAAAUAACUUCAAGUUAAAGAUGCUACUGGAGACUAUCAACGCUGUGUCUUCUGGUGUGUCUACUGAUGCUGCUGCUGCUUCAGCUGAUUAA